AUGUGGGCCUCCAGGAGUCUGUCUUUAAGGGGCUGAGUAAACUACGUCUGCUUGAUAAAUAAAUAAUAAAUAAAUAAAUUGGUCAUUUAGCAGACGCUCUUAUCCAGAGCGACUUACAGGAGCAAUUAGGGUUAAGUGCCUUGCUCAAGGGCACAUCGACAGAUUUUUCACCUAGUCGGCUCGGGGAUUAGAACCAGCGACCUUUCGGUUACUGGCACAAUGCUCUUAACCAUUAAGCUACCUGCCACCCUUGAUCUUCAGAACAACCAUAUCACCAACCUGCAUUCCAACACCCUCUCCACCCUGGUGAAGUUGGAGUGCCUUUACCUGGAUGGAGAUAAGAUUGAGACGGUGCAAGUCGCUCUGAGACUCCCCCGACUGAAUCUGUUGUGCUUGGGGAACAACAAGAUCCCCUCUUUUCCCUCAGCCUUUUUCACAUCAUUACAGUCCCUGAUGACACUGUGUUUGCCAGGGAACCUCCUAUAAAGUUUCCCACACAAUCUCCCUCACGCCCUGUCCCACCUGAACUUGGACAGGAACCAAAUACGAGCACUGAGGAACCGAGAGAUGGGCCAACUCCGCAACGUCACGUCUCUAUCUACGUCCUACAAUAGGUUGGUUUCUUUGGAUGGUGGCCUUUGCUUUCCCAACCUCACAGUGCUGGAGCUACAGGAAACCACCUGAUGGUGCUUUCCAGUAGACUGAGCCCCAAACUGGAGAGACUGGAUUGCAGUCAGAACUCCAUCCAGGAAGUCACCUUCCAGAACCUGUCUGGAAUGAAACAGCUGAAGCAUCUCUUCCUGGAGAAUAACACAAUGUGGAACUUUGAAGCUAAUGCUCUGAGGAACAGCGUUCACUUAACCAACCUGGCACUGGAACAGAACCUCCUCUCAUCCAUUCCAGAUGGGUAUGUAUGUAUUUCAUCCCUUUGAUAUGGUGCUUCAGUAGCAUGUUAUAGACUAAUGAUUGUAAUAACAUUAAUGAAUCAAUUAAAUGCACUUUAAGUGGUACACCACACUUGAAUAACAUUAUAUAUGUGUUAUACAUUCACUUAAGUAUUACUAAUACUUUGUACAAUACAUUGGUAGAAUAGUGGCCUAACCACAUUCUAGGUCUUUGGGUAAACCAAUUUGAGUAUAAAACCAAAAGGCAAUAGAUAAACACUUAUUGUGGUGAGAGCUUCCAGAGAGUCUGAUCCACCUGGACUUGAAAGGGAACUGCAUUGAGGCCAUCCAAGAGCAGGAGCUGAGGUCCCUGAAGUGUCUGCAGGUGUUGAACCUCCGGAGGAACAAGCUGACCUCCCUCCCCCAGAUCACCCUGGACAUGUUGCCCUGGCUGAGGACCAUCUACUUGGAUGGGAAUCCCUGGAACGGCAGCUGUGAGCUCCUGAGGGUCAAGAGGACCCUGCUGGCCAGGAGGGUGGAGAUCCCUAACGAGCUGUGUAAUUAGCUAGUCAGUGUGUCAGGGGACAGCUGGAGAGCGUACCUGAUGGCCCUAGACAGGUGUGAGGAGUACUUCAAGAAAACCACACCUGAGGACCAAGUGGAGCAGACCGACACUGAGGAGUAUUAUGAUUAUGAUUCCUAG